CAAUCGGCUACAAAAAAAAAAGCAGAAGGACUUGGUGAAAAUGGUCUAUACUAUUAUGAUAGACCAAGUGGGUCCGUCAGUGAUCCAUAUCCAACCGCAUUCGAAGAAGAUUAUGAUGGUGGAAUUACUUUUUUGGCUUUUGGUGAUUGGGGACAAAAAGGACCUGGCACCGGUCAACCCCAAGUUGCCUCUGCAAUGAAAACUUGGGCCGAUGCCAAUAAAACUACUUUUGUUUUAAGUCUCGGAGAUAAUUAUUAUCAAACGAAUAACUCCCUUCCAGUCACGGAUCCUAAUGAUCACGAAGCAGGAAACCAUGAUUGGUACACUAAUGUCACCGCUGAAGUAGACUAUUUCUGGGAUGUUGACUGGAGAUUUUUCCUUCCCUCACUUUAUUAUGUGAGGAAAGUUAAAUUUGGUGAUGAUAUAUCAGCCGUCUUUAUUCAUAUUGACACAGAUCCAUUCUAUUACAAUUACACUAGCUAUAAUAAUAAAAAUAAUUUAAAACAAACUCUUAAUGACUUUAAAUUAUAUACGUCUGAACAAAUUAACGAUAGAUUAAAAUGGAUCGAAGAUCAGUUGAUUGAUGCACAUGAUGCAGAUUGGAUUUUCGUUGUCGGUCACCAUCCACUUAUUGGCGAUUGUCGACUUCAAAAUCCCACCUAUUAUUUAAUGUAUUUACUUCCUCCUGUAUUUACAAAGUAUAAUGUAUCAGCUUAUUUCAAUGGCCAUGCUCAUGAUCUUUCAUAUUCGGCUGCCAAUUCUACUUCUCCUGUCACUUAUUUCGGUUCUGGUGCUGGUGGUGCUUUACUUGGUAGUGGUUGUCCAAAUCCAGAUUGGACAUCCCCUUAUACUUUUGGCUUCUUAUCUGUUAGCAUUCCAGCUGAUGGAAAAACUCUGACUUUCGAUUUUGUUAAUGCAAAUUCGACUGAUGUUCCUCCCAAGGUUGUCUAUUCUGGCCAAAUUAAAUCUCGUAAAGGAUGA